AUAAAACUAGAGACAACACACACACUUUCCCCAAAUCUUCCCAUUUACUUCCCAUUACCAGACUUCCCAUUACUAAAAUCCUCAACCGCACUCGACUACUUAACCGCCUGCCAUCUGACUUUCCUAUUUCCUAGAUAUUCCGAACUGCCUAGCUCAGCAGAGUACUCACACCAACCAUGUGCGGUACAGACAGCCCCGCGGCCAGCAAUGGCACCACCAACGGCACCAACGGCACUAACGGCACGAAUGGCACAGCACCGCCCGUUCGUCGCAACAAUCCUUACCAAUCGAACCCCGGCGAGCUCCUCUCCAACGUUGCCAGUUUCAAGAUUAUUGAAUCGACGCUUCGAGAAGGAGAGCAAUUCGCAAAUGCAUAUUUCGAUACAGAGACUAAGAUUAAGAUCGCCAAGGCUCUCGACGCCUUUGGCGUUGACUACAUAGAACUCACUUCCCCCGCUGCUUCAGAGCAAUCUCGACUUGAUUGUAUCGAGAUAUGCAAGCUUGGCCUUAAGGCCAAGGUCUUAACUCAUGUCCGUUGUGAUAUGCGGGAUGUCCAAAUGGCCAUCGACACGGGUGUGGAUGGCUUAGAUAUCGUCAUUGGCACCUCGCAUUUCCUCCGGGAGCAUAGCCACGGCAAGGAUAUGGCCUACAUUACCAAGGCCGCCAUAGAGGUCGUUCAGUAUGUCAAGUCGAAGGGUAUCGAGGUUCGAUUCUCGAGUGAAGAUUCCUUCCGUUCCGACCUCGUGGAUCUUCUAUCGUUAUAUAAUGCGGUCGAUAAGAUAGGUGUCAACCGUGUCGGCAUUGCUGACACGGUUGGCUGCGCCAGUCCGCGCCAGGUCUACGAGCUGGUUCGGACAUUGAGAGGCGUCGUGUCUUGUGACAUUGAGACGCACUUUCAUAACGAUACUGGUUGUGCAAUUGCUAAUGCCUUCUGUGCUCUCGAGGCUGGCGCAACCCACGUCGACACCAGUGUGCUCGGAAUUGGUGAGCGCAACGGAAUAACUCCCCUCGGUGGCUUUCUGGCCAAGAUGGUGGUUGCUGCUCCCGAUUACGUCAAGAGCAAGUAUAAGCUCAAGAUGAUCAAGGAGAUUGAGGAUUUGGUUGCAGAGGCGGUGGAAAUCAACACCCCUUUUAACAACCCCAUUACUGGCUUCUGCGCCUUUACACACAAAGCUGGUAUCCAUGCCAAGGCCAUCCUCAACAACCCCUCGACAUACGAAAUUCUGAACCCAGCCGAUUUCGGGUUGACUCGCUAUGUGCAUUUCGCCUCUCGGCUGACUGGCUGGAACUCGGUCAAGUCUCGGGUAACUCAGCUUGGCUUAACUAUGACGGACGAUCAAAUCAAGGAGUGCACUGCCAAGAUUAAGAUGCUGGCUGAUGUACGGCAACCUAGUAUCGAUGAUGCCGAUUCAAUCAUCAGGAGUUUCCAUCUGAAUCUACAACAGGGCCAAAAUGGGAAUUAGGGAUUUUCUUGUAUUCUGUACCAGAUAUGACAGACUUUUUUUUUCUUCUUUUUUGCUCUUUGCUUUUUUGCUUUUUCCCACCAUAUCCACCAUAUAAAAGGGGCACCAUGAAAACGGACAAAAGGAUAAAAGUUCGGGUGUGCAUAGCUUCGGUUAGGGAAAAAGUUCGUUACAUGCGAGGCAUGGCCAAUUUAGAGCCAUAUAGCCUCCAUAACUUUAGGGUAGUUGGGAGCAUACAUGAAUUUUUACUGUUUUCUACGAAUUUCCAAAUGUAUAUUUGGAUUCUUUCGUUCUGUGAUGAAAUCCUC